ACACAGCAUCCGAUCAACCAUCUCUCGACGAGUCGAACAAAAAAACCAAGUCAGCGAUCCAAAAUGUACAAGGUUAUCGCCGUCGUUGCCUGUUUGGCUGCCGUAGCCGUCGCCCUGCCAUACAAACCGGUAGCCCAGCAGCCGGAGCAUUACAGUGAACCGAAGGACGGGCCAGCGCAGUACAAGUUCGAGUACGGUGUUAAGGAUGAUCACACCGGUGACCACAAGGUACAGUGGGAACAACGGGACGGAGACGUCGUCAAGGGUUCGUACAGUUUGGAUGAACCCGACGGUGGCCACCGUAUUGUCGAGUACCACACCGAUGCCCACGGUGGAAUCCAGAUCCAGGUGAAGAAAGUCGGGGGACAUGCUCCAGCUCCGGUUGCUCACCAUGAACCCAUCCCGGUGGCACCGGUUCCCAUUAAGAUCAAGAAACAUCGGUAUUAGGAGCAGUUAAUGGU